AUGAAAUUCGCCCUUCUCGGCACGACGUUGCUGGCGCUGUUCCUAACAUCAACGUGCAUUGCAUCAGCUCUGCAGUCCAUUCACGAGGACGGUGGAGGCUACAGCGACAAGCUCGUCAAGCGAUAUCUGAGCGAAAGCUCGUCUGAAAAUUCGCCACCGACGCCACCUCGUCAGGGCCUCGAAAGAGGAAACUCAGAUACUUUUGUGCGGCACAUCAGAGAAGAGCGCAGACAGUCGGCGGACGGACCCUCUCAUCAUCUAAAUUAUGAGAAGACGGACGAUGAGGAAACAGAAUCCGACUCUUGGAGAAAGAAGGGCUAUGAAAGUGUAUGGGGAAACAUUAAAGUCCCGAUGACAAUGUCGAGGGGCAGGAAGCACUUCAAAGAUGCACAAAGCAGUUCCAAUGAGCCCAGCAAAGAAACAAGAAAGCGUUUCAAGAUAGUUCCGAGCGCACACAAGAGAACGUCCACAUCACCGUCUUCUUCUAGAACGCCUUCUGCCUACGCUACCUCAUCUUCUUCGUCGGAAAGGCCAGCCCGUGCUUUUUUCGCUUCUCAUGAUUCCAUGACACAGAGCGUCAGAAACGACUUGGCAUUCGACCCAUGGGAACAGCGGAAGGGCUCUUCAACGGGGUCUUCCGGAACACCAUCCAUCCCACAGGAUGCCACCUCUACCUACUAUGAUACACCAGGCGACACUCAGGUCUCUUCUCACCAUUCAAUGACUAGUGCCGACGACGAGAUUCCAACGGGCGAAUGGAGGCAACGGCAGGACCUGCAAAGAGGCAAGGGAAGGAUGCGGAGCAACGGCAAGAGACAGAACAUUUCAUUUCGUCACUAUUUCGGUGCGAAAGAGCACCACUUCACGGAAGAAGCGGAGCUGACUCCAGAGCAGUUCUCACUUUUGUCGCUUGCAAGGACUCGGCAAGACUUCGAUGAAUUGGCGUCUAAUGUCCUCCAAUUUCCCUUCAAGCUCACCACGGACCAAAAGAAAAAGAUCAAAGAUCAGGGAAAGGUCGAUCCGCAAUUUAAGUAUGAGUUCCGAAAUUUUCGGAAAAACAACAAUUUUAGGGCCAGGAGAAGGAAGAAAACAUGGCAAACAAUGCAGACGCAAGGAUCUUUUGAUGCUCCUGAAUCUUACCAGGGCCUGGAGGACAAGGAGCUCAGAAAGUUGCGCAUUGCUCUGAUGAAUCUGUUGGACGACAUUCACAAGAUACAAAGGCGCGAAAAGCCUUUAAAUCUGGUCGAUGGACAGCGUUUGCGACCUGUCGAUCAAUGGACGCAGGAGGACCUGAAUUGGUGGACAGGAUUCAUCGAAUUCAGGAGAGCGUUCUAUCCCUUACGACAGACUGGGGAACUUUUGAAGGAGAUUGAGUAUUUCUAUACGAAGGGAAAGGGCAUAGGGUUGAGGCCGCCGAACGAGACGAACAAGGGGAAGAAAAUACAAUUUAGACCCGCCAAAGCCUACAAAGAGGCUGACCGCAAAUCAACGUGA